GCUCAAGGUCGUUUGCCCUCCCCUCUCCGCCUUCUACCUGCUUUUUGUGAUCUUUGUGUUGUCUACUAUCUUCCACUGCCACCAGCGCCUGGCUCUGGUGCCUGCGCCCUGGGCCUCUUCAGCCCUUGUGGUCUUAUCCCCAAGACACCUGCCCCCAGAGGGCAUGUUCACCAUCAAUGUCAAAGGCCGCCUGGGGAACCAGAUGGGCGAGUACGCCACGCUGUUCGCCCUGGCCAGGAUGAACGGGAAGCCCGCGUUCAUCCCCGCCUCCAUGCACAGCGCGCUGGCGCCCAUCUUCAGGAUCAGCCUCCCCGUGCUGCACGGCGACACCGCCGGGAGGAUCCCCUGGCAGAACUACCACCUCAACGACUGGAUGGAGGAGCGGUACCGCCACAUCCCGGGGCGCUACGUGCGCCUCACCGGCUACCCAUGCUCCUGGACCUUCUACCACCACCUGCGCCCCGAGAUCCUGCAGGAGUUCACCCUGCACGACCACGUGCGCGAGGAGGCCCAGGCCUUCCUGCGCCGCCUGCGGGUGAAUGGGAGCCAGCCCAGCACCUUCGUGGGUGUCCACGUGCGCCGGGGAGACUACGUGCGUGUCAUGCCCAAUGUGUGGAAGGGUGUGGUGGCUGACCGGGGCUACCUGGAGAAGGCCCUGGACAGGUUCCGGGCUCGCUAUUCGGCUCCAGUCUUCGUGGUCAGCAGUGACGACAUGGCCUGGUGCCGGAAGAGCAUCAGUUCCUCCCUGGGGGACGUGGUGUUUGCGGGCAAUGGCCUUCAGGGGUCACCUGCCAGGGACAUCGCACUGCUCAUGCAGUGCAACCACACCGUCAUCACUGUGGGGACCUUUGGGAUCUGGGCUGCCUACCUCACAGGUGGGGACACUGUCUACCUGGCCAACUUCACCCAGUCCAGCUCCCCCUUCCACUUGAUUUUCAAGCCAGAAGCAGCCUACCUGCCCGAGUGGGUAGGCAUCGCUGCUGACCUAGGACAGGCCCAAUAGAGGAACCUCGAGCCAUGCCUCCGCCUGGGCGCCCAAGAGGCAUUUGGAGGUGGGGCUCUUGCUGUAGCGCAUGGAGCUUGAGUGCCCUGGAAAUGUGAGCACCCUCUGGGCUUACCUCAGCAGCGAUUGCAAGGUGGCCUGACUUGCUUUCUACCCAGAGUACUAACCGCCGCAGGCCUAACCUGGAGUGUUUUCCACAGCGGGCAGUGUCUUCAUUAUGCUGUGACAAACACCGUGACAGUGAACCACUCGGGGUCCAGCUCACACUUCCCCACUGCCGUCUAUCACUGAGGGGCGUCAGGGCACGAACCCGAAGACAGGAGCCGAUUCUGGAGUAUGAUGGGGUGCUGCCUACGGGCUUGCUCCUCUCGCCUUAUAGCGCACCUGCUGCCUUAUACUGCCCCGGACUGUCUGCCCAGGAAGUCACUCAGGGUGAGCCGGGCCUUCCCACACCCAUCCAGAAAACGGACAGGCCAGUCUGGUGGGGCCAUUUUUUUUUUCAGUUUAGAUUCACUCUUCCAGAAAGACUCUAGCUUGUGUCAGGUUGACAUAAAACUAGCCCAGUACAGCCGGCUUUCUGCCUUCCUUCCUGUAGGGCCCUGGGAGGUGUUAGGUGACGGAGCUGCUCCUGCCCUGGUGUUAUGGGGACAUGGCAUCUCUCACUGGGAGUUUAGGCAGCGACCUUCUCAGGGUAGGGACAGGUCUCAUGGUAGACAAACCUGGGUAGUGGCUGGGAGGGAGUCUGGAAGUGAACUUUUAUCAGCAGGACCCACUAUCAGGCAGCAGGUGCUCCAGGGCACAGCUCUCCAGGAAGCCUAACUCCUUGGGUAUAAAGACUGGCCCAUACGGUACUGUCUGACAAAUGACCUUCUGCCCAGGCCCUGCUGGAGCCUGGGGGCCUCGGCUUCUCAGUGAAGCUCUGUUGGAGCUGCCUGGCCUUGGUCUCUCUGCCGCGGUCACCAGAGUCCCACCAGUAUCUGCCUCAAGCUGGGACACCAGGUGAGGUGUGAGGCAGCAGUUCAGCCCCGGAUCCCUGCAAAGCCGCUCCCUACCCUCCCUACUACAUCCUCCCAACCCAAACCUAUAACUUGUUUCCAGUCAACACCCAGCCUUCCCCCUCUGUCAGGCAUUGGUGUCCCUGGGUUUGGUGCACUUGAAAACGAGGUACGAGAACCUUUAUCUGUGUAAUUCUUU